AUGUCUUCGGCUGUGAAUAACGGGGCAGCCAGCCUGCCGUCCGCGCCCGACGCCUCGAAUGGCUUCCCGCAGCCGGGCGCUUCCUCCGGGGCCUGGCCGCGGGCGGAGGAGGAGCUGCGCGCCGCCGAGCCGGGCCUGGUGAAGCGCGCCCACCGCGAGAUCCUGGACCACGAGCGCAAGCGGCGCGUGGAGCUCAAGUGCAUGGAGCUGCAGGAGCUGAUGGAGGAGCAGGGGUACUUGGAGGAGGAGAUCCGGCAGAAGGUUGGGACUUUCCGGCAGAUGCUGAUGGAGAAGGAGGGAGUACUCACCAGGGAGGACCGGCCUGGAGGCCACAUCGUGGCGGAGACCCCGCGGCUGACCGAGGGGGCCGAGCCGGGCCUCGAGUACGCGCCCUUCGACGAGGACGACGGCCCGGUGGACUGCGACUGCCCGGUUGCCUGCUACCGCGGACAGCGGGGGUACAGGACCAAGCACUGGUCCAGCAGCUCUGUGUCGCCCCCUCCCAAGAAGAAGAAGAAGAAGAAAGGAGGCCACCGGAGGAGUCGCAAAAAGAGGAGACUAGAUUCCGAAUGCAGCUAUGGGAGCUUCUCACCCCUACGAAAGAAGAAGAAGAGUGUAAAGAAACAUCGCAGAGACAGGUCUGAUUCUGGGUCCCAGAGGAAGAGACGGCACAGAUCUCGAAGUCCUAAGAGCAAAAGAAGAGAAAAGAACAAGGAACGGAGACGGCCGCACGGGGAGUCGCCAGGCCGGAGGUCCCAUAGGCACAGCAGUGGAAGCUCCCACAGCCCCUCCAUCUCCUCCCACUACAGCGACUCGCGGUCACCCAGCAGGCUGAGCCCCAGACACCGAGACGAUGGGCGGAGGACGGGUAGCCAGCGGUCCAGCGGGAGCCGGUCGCCUUCCCCGUCCGGCGGCAGCGGAUGGGGGUCGCCCCAGCAGAACGGCAGCAGCGGGCAGCGGAGCGGAGCGCACGGGGGCCGCCCGGCAGCGCACACCCCGCCCGAUCGCCAGCCUUUGCCCCCUCUGACUCCCCUUUUCCUGCCUGGGAACCCCUCCACCAUUCUCGCUGCCAGUGAGCUGUUUCUAAAGGCCCUUGGCACAGGAGAAUCGAUCGUACCCACACUUGGACAGACGUCUCGGCAGGCGCUGGCAAAAGGGCAGGCUCUCAGCCCUCUGCGCAGGAAGACCAAGUGCGUGGGGGUGGCCUCCCAGACCCCAGGGGAGGUCCGCAUGGACUUUUGUCUAUUUAUCACCAAGACGAAGGAGCGGCCGGCGCGGACCCGGCCCGCCAGUCCCUCGCCGUCCCCGGGCGCUCACGGCCGGCACUGCGGCCCCGAGGGGAAGAGCUCGUCGCGCAGCCCGGACGCCCAGCCCCGCUCGUGGAGUUCCAGCCGCUCGCCCUCCAAGUCCCGCUCGCGAUCAGCGGAAAAGCGGACCCGCAGCGCUAGCCGCUCGCCGUCGCCCAAGAAGGCUGCUGGCCGGGACAAGGACGCCGAGGGCCGCGUGAGGCAAGCCGAGGCCGAGGCCGCCCGCGCUCGGCGCCGCUCCCGCAGCUACUCGCCCAUCCGCAAACGGCGCCGGGAUUCGCCCAGCUUCAUGGAGCCACGGCGCAUCACCAGUGCCCGCAAGCGUCCUAUCCCCUACUACCGGCCCAGCCCCUCCUCGUCCUCCAGCUGUGUGAGCAGUGACUACGAAAGUUACAGCAGUCGGAGUCGAGGGACCCACAGCCGCACACGCAGCCCCUCCCGGACCCCCAGUCCCAGCUACCACAGUCGGAGCAGCUCGGAGAGCGGGGGCUUCUGA